GGUCAGCAUCGCAAAUAUGUCUGAUAAAGUUGCUGUUGUCACUGGUUCCAAUAAAGGUAUAGGCUACGCCAUAGUCCAGGAACUCUGUAGAAGAGGAGUUGGUACUGUUUAUGUAACAGCGAGAGAUGCAAAGAGAGGUCAAGAAGCAAUCGAAAAUUUAAAAAAAGAAGGUUACAAGCCCCAUUUCUACCAACUAGAAGUCACUGACAAAAAUAGCGUAAAAGCUUUGGCUGAACAUUUAAAGAAAAAACAUGGUGGUUUGGAUAUUCUUAUUAACAAUGCUGGAGUGAUCACAGCAGACUUCACGAAAACUACAUAUGAAGACUCGAAAUAUGUUAUCGACGUUAAUUAUUUCAGUAUAUUAUUAAUCCAAGAAUACCUAUUCCCGGUAUUGAAAAUCAACGCACGGGUUAUAAAUAUGUCGAGUGAUUGUGGUCAUAUUUCUAAUUUGAAAAAUAAAUACUGGAUCAAUCGACUGACGAAGCCAGAUAUCAAAUUGGAUGACGUAAAUGCUUUCGUUAAUUGGUUUCUAGAUUCAGUUAAGGCUGGAAGUGUAAACGAUGACGAUUUUGCUGAAACAUCUCUACUUGCUUAUAGAAUUUCAAAAGUUGCUCUGUGCGCUUUAACCAGAGUCCAGCAGAUGGAAAUCGGUCGAGGGAUAUCUGUGAACUCCAUGCACCCCGGCCACGUUAAGACAAAUAUGACGAAAAAUUCUGGUUUCCUAACUAUGGAAGAGUCAAGUCGUGUCCCAGUUUAUUUGGCUUUAGAUAUUGAUCAGUCAGUGAAAGGUAAAUACUUCUGGUAUGAUAAGACUGAGAAAGACUGGACCGAUCCAAACUUAAAGUUACAUUGUGUUUUCGAGCAAUUUAUGAAAUAUAUACAAGGUGCUAAUUAAAAGGAUAUCAAAUAUUUUGUAAAAAUAAUUAUUUUGCUAUUAUAUGCGAAAGGAUUAUAAAAAUGUCGUUUUAUUUAAUAUUAAUCAAGUUUA